AUGGGAGGAGGUACUUCCCUGUGGGCAUCACCAGAUUGGAAGAGUGACCCCAAAGAAAUUUUCAACAGACAACUAGCGCUUGUCAGCAUCACAGUUGCAUUUGCCGGCUGCAGCUAUGGCUUUGAUACUGGCAACAUUGGCGGCGUUUUGAAGCUGGCCGCUUUCAGGCACGCAUUCGGUCUGGAUGUACUGUCUGAAGCCGAGAGGGACACGAGGUCCGGAAACAUAGCAGCAAUGGUAGCAGCAGGCGGUGCCGGCGGUGCCCUCCUGGGUGCGCCGGCUUCCGACUACCUCGGUCGCAAAUAUGCCGUCCUCGUCUCGGCCGGUAUUUUCCUCGUCGGGUGUUCGUUCCAGGAAGUGGCUCACCUGGGCGUUUUCUACGCCGGUCGUCUAUUUUCUGGAAUCGCCAUCGGCAUGACGUCCAUGCUGGCACCCCAAUACCUGGCCGAGGUGGCACCAAAGUCCAUUCGAGGUUCCUUGACGACGACGUACAACCUCAUGAUCGUGACGUGUCUGGCGUUGGCCUUUUGGGUCAACUAUGGCGUGUCCAUCUGGGCGACCGACAAGCUCGACAAUACAGGCUGGCGACUGGCUCUGGGAAUCCAGCUGAUUCCAGGCGCGGCCUUGUUUUUCUUGACAUUUUGGUCGUCUCCUCACGACGCAAAUGGCCAGGGCGGACCCAGGAAACUAAGUGCGUCUGGAUCUCCUGCCAGUGUGAAUUUGGGCCGUGCCCAGAGCAUCCGGAGGGACUCGAUCGAAACCCGUCCGCAUCCGCUUCAGAAUCCACCUGUCUCGGCGCCGCCACCGGUCCCACAGCAGGUCGAGAUCUCGCGCAAGGUCAAAGCUUGUGCAGCAUGCCGAAAGCAAAAAAUACGAUGUCAUAUGGACCAGGGCACCCCGCCAUGCCGUCGCUGCAAGGAGAGAAAUCUUUCUUGCGUCUUGAGCAAGAGCCUCCAGAUGCUCAUGGAUGAACGCUCCCAGUGGCACCAAGACAUCAUUGCCGACUUGGAGAUGCUGCACGCGGGAGUACAGAACAUGCGAGAACACACCGGCUUGCCCCCAUUGCCGCCCCUGCGCAGCUCCCUCGACCGACCUGGGCCCGACAACCUGACGUCUGCUAACAGUCUGGAGCCACAUCAGGAGGCAGAGGCCGGACCCUCCACCGACAACUCCCCCAAACUUCUGCCUCAAUCACCAGAUGUCCCCAUGCAGUCUGUAUACUACCUGACCAAGCUCAAGUCUUUGAGGGGAAAUGACGACGGAGACGGCACCCAAACUUCUGGCACUCUUGAGCACCAGCACGGCCAUCGGCACUCGGGUGGCCCCGGGGCUGCGCAAAAGUCGGGCGCAAACGCAACGUCGCUAAAGGACUUCAUCUCGGAGGGCCAAAUAAGUCUCGCUGACGCGCAGAAGUUGUUUGAGCUGUACGUCGAGCGACUGGAUCAUUACAUCUACCGCAUCGGUUACGGCAGCAACUGCAAGUGGAAAACCCUGGAUGACCUGCGUCGGCAAAGUCCCCUGUUGGCGGCAUGUAUCCUCACUGUCGCGGCCAUGCAUGAUUCCGGAAGCAACCGACUGUAUCCAAUAUGCAACCGAGAGUUCCGGCGACUGGUAUCUGGAUCAGUUUUUGACUCGGUAUUUGAGAGAAGGAUCAACCGCGACCACUUGAGAGCGCUAUGCAUCGCGAGUUACUGGCUCAGCGACGUGUCGUGGACUCUAUCGGGCAUGGCCAUCCGUCUCGCUACCGAAGUCAAUCUGGUAGCCAACUACCACCGCGUCGUCGCGUGUGGGCAGACGCAGACCAUCAGUCCAGGACGCGCAGGGCAUCCAAAUAUACAGCGGCAAGGGCAGACGCCCGACAGCCAAGUGAGCAACAACAUCAACAACACGACCAACAGGACGAACAAUCACGACGCGACAAACGACGGGAUGCUGACCGACUCGGCCGCGGCUGCACAAGACGCGGCCGAUUGCAUGCGACUCUGGUACAACCUCUACAUUUGUGACAAGCACCUCUCGAUUCUCUACGGCCGACCGUCCCUUGUCCGCGAGGACUUUUCCAUACAGGGCUGGGAAGACUUUCUGGCAUCUCCGGUGGCGACCGACGACGACCGCAGGCUGAUUAGUCAGGUAGCACUGCACAUCAUUUUGACGGGCGUCCACGAGCUGUUCGGCCCGGACAACGGAUCCGCCAUUCCGCUCGUUUACUCGUCACAGAUUGCCAGUUUUAGCCGCCAGCUGGAUCAUUGGAUCGGGUAUUGGUCCACCGUUUUGAAGAAGCAUUUCCAAGCAAUCGGCGAAUUCCCUGCCAAAGGCGCCCUCAUUCACUACCAUUUCGCCAAGCUGUAUCUGUUCAGCCAUGUAUUCCGUGGUCUGACGCCCGGCGAACCUAUCCCGGCCGUCUUCCGCAGCGCCGCAACGGGUGCCGUGACGGCCGCUACCACCAUUGUCGAGCUGCUGCUCAACGAUCCGGACAUCGGCGAGGGGUUAAGGGGCAUGCCCUCAUACCUGCAUGCCAUGACGGCCUUUGCAUGCGUCUUUCUGCUCAAGAUCGCGACUCGACGACGUGAAGACGGGCUGGUCGAGGUCGGACUUGUAAGCGACCUAGCUGGCAAGUUGGUGGGCCGAUUUAGAGAGGUUAGGGUCGGGAAGUGGCACCUGGUCCACCUGAUGGCAGACGGCUUGGCCAAAUCUGCCAAGAAGCUGCUGCAGACCGUCGACGGCGGGUUCCACACGCGUGUCGACGCCGCCGUGGUUGGGGAUGGGAGCGGUGACCAGACGACGUUGCCUCCCAGCGCCAUGUACGACGGGAUGCAUCCUCCGCAUCCCAACGGCGGUUUUGGUGAUGGGACGCUCGACGGCAGCAACAUGAACGGCGGCAUGGUCGAGACGCCAGUCAUGUUCAACAACGUACUCAGCCCGGAUUUCGUCUUGGGUACUACAUCAUUUCUGGAUUUCAACGGGGCCGUAGGGGGUCUGGAUUUUGGUUACGAUCACAUGAAUUUCCCGUGA